AUGAAGUGCAUUGCCGCCCUCCUCGCGCUGGUCGCGACUGCUCUCGCUGUCCCGGCCCCCUCCUCGCGCACGGUUGGCGAUACGCCGUCCGGGACGCUCACCGCUCGAGCCGCUGCCGGCUCUUGCUCUGGCACUAAGACCCCGUUCACCUAUUUCGGGGUGAACGAGAGCGGAGCGGAAUUCGGCUCAGCGAUCCCCGGAACGCUCGGGACUGACUAUACAUUCCCUUCACCCUCGAGUGUUGACUACUUCAUGAACCUUGGCUUCAACACCUUCCGAGUUCCUUUCCUUAUGGAGCGUCUUGCGCCUCCUUCCACUGGCCUCACUGGCACCUUUGACUCGACAUACCUAUCUGGGAUCACCACAUUCGUUGAAUACAUCACCAACAAGGGCGGCUUCGCGAUCCUCGACCCCCACAACUUCAUGAUCUACAACGGCGCUCAGAUCACUAGCACCUCUGAUUUCAAGUCAUUCUGGACGAAUCUCGCAACUAAGUUCUCUGAUAAUGCGAACGUCAUCUUUGAUCUGAUGAACGAGCCUCACGAUAUCGCCGCAUCGACCGUUGUGAGCCUCAUGCAGGCCGGGAUUGACGGAAUCCGUGCUGCCGGCGCCGAGCAGCUCAUCCUCGCGGAGGGUACCUCGUACACGGGUGCUUGGACGUGGACAACUACGUCGGGUAAUGCCGCGGCCUUUGAGGCUGCACCGUUGAACGAUCCCCUCGGCAACACUGCGAUCGAGAUGCACCAGUAUCUCGACUCCGACGGCUCUGGUACCAGCGAUCAGUGCGUCUCGUCAACGAUCGGCGCGGAGCGCGUGGCCGCUGCAACCGCUUGGCUCCAAGAGAACAACCUCAAGGGCUUCCUCGGUGAGAUUGGCGCCGGCAACAAUGAUGCCUGCAUCGAGGCAGUUUACGGUGCUUUCUGUGCCAUGCAGCAAGCUGGUGGUGUUUGGGUCGGCGCUACAUGGUGGUCCGCUGGCCCUUGGUGGGGUUCGUAUAUCUACUCUAUGGAGCCCUCUACCGGCGUUGCUGUUGCAUCUAUGCUUCCGCAGGCGCUCGAGCCGUUCCUUCCCGUCGCUGAUGGUACCAUCGCAUCAUCUUCGUCCGCUGUUGCGGUCGCGACAUCGACUGUGAAAGCCACCUCGACCUCGGCAGCCGCUGUGACGAACGUCGCUAGCACUGUCGUCAGCUCGUCUGCCGUACCUGUGACCACCACUGCUGCCCCUGCCGCCACCACCGUCGCCGCCUCAUCUGCUUCAUCUUCGUCCACAGAGACUGAGGAUGAGUCGUGCCCUGCAGACCUUUCGACUUCCUCUGCUGCCGCGACUAGCUCUCCCGUCCAGGUCACGAGCAGUACUGCUGCGUCGGUCACCUCUGUCGCUCCCACAUCGUCAAAAGUGGCUGUGGCAACCUCGGCCGUUGUCGUGGCCACGAGCACUUCGGCCGCUCCUGUCUCGACGGCUACCGGUACAGUCGGUCAAUAUUAUCAGUGUGGCGGCGUGGGCUAUACCGGCAUAACCUCUUGCGCCUCCCCGUACACUUGCGUCGUCCAGAACGACUACUACUCCCAGUGCCUGUACGUCUCGGCCUCAUCCGGCGCGUCUCCGGCUACCGACGUUGCUCUCCCUUCUGCUUCAGCUAACGGCACGUCCACGACGCCGGCUGCAACCUCCACACCCUCUGGCACAGUAGCCCAGUAUUACCAGUGUGGUGGUGAAAAUUGGACUGGCGCAACCGAGUGUGACGCCGGUUACAAAUGUGUCGUUCAGAACCCCUUCUAUUCCCAGUGCUUGUAG